ACUUCCAAGUGGUACAAUCCAUUUCCCACUAUGCACCAUUCCAGCAUGGUGGACGUCUGGUCGAGAAAAAUAUCAUGUUGACAACUUUUCACCUUUUUAACUUGCGAAACGGGUCUUAAACACGCAGUUCGUGGACACAGCGUUACUUUAAGACUUGUCGAGGUGUAUGCCUUGGACAGCAUGAGUUUUGUACGGCUAGGUAGGGCGGUUGUACGCGUAGGGAAUGCGUACUCUUUGAGAACUCGGCUUCGACCUCCAGUUGCAUCAUCACUGACAUGGACACAGCAAGGUUUCUCUCGGUCAAAGUCAAGCACAUCGGACUACGAUACAACACUGUUCAUCCCCGUGCCCAUCAAGACUGUUAAUAACGCAGACGACAUCAAUGUAGGGUUUGAGCUGACGGGAGAGCCACUAGAGAAAAGUGAAGUGUUAAAGGCACUGAACAGGUUUUAUAAGAGGAAAGAAAUCCAGACUCUAGGAGCAGAAAA